GCGCCAUCGGCCAACAACAAGCAAAACUUCCCCAAGCGAGCGACUCUCCCUUUGCAGCAGCGGGCGCCUAUACAAGCCAGGAUGGCCAUUCCCUUGACCGACAGCGAGAAAAGAAAGCAGAUCAGCGUGCGGGGCAUCGCCGGCCUGGGGGACGUGGCCGAGAUCAGGAAGAGCUUCAACCGGCACCUGCAUUUCACCCUGGUCAAGGACAGGAACGUGGCCACCCCGAGGGACUACUACUUCGCCUUGGCGCACACGGUCCGCGAUCACUUGGUGGGGCGCUGGAUCCGGACGCAGCAGUAUUACUACGAGAAGGAUCCCAAGCGCAUUUACUACCUGUCAUUGGAAUUCUACAUGGGACGGACCCUUCAGAACACAAUGGUGAACUUGGGUCUGCAGAAUGGCUGCGAUGAAGCCAUUUACCAGCUUGGGUUGGACUUGGAAGAACUGGAGGAGAUUGAGGAAGACGCUGGCCUGGGCAAUGGAGGACUGGGGCGUCUGGCAGCUUGCUUUCUGGACUCUAUGGCGACGCUGGGGCUUGCAGCCUACGGUUACGGAAUCCGCUACGAAUUUGGCAUUUUCAACCAGAAAAUCGUCAAUGGCUGGCAGGUGGAAGAAGCCGACGAUUGGCUGCGUUAUGGCAACCCUUGGGAAAAAGCCCGCCCAGAGUACAUGCUUCCAGUACACUUCUAUGGCCGGGUGGACCACACUCCGGAUGGUGUGAAAUGGGUUGAUACUCAGGUUGUACUUGCCAUGCCUUACGAUACGCCUGUUCCAGGAUACAGGAACAAUACUGUGAACACCAUGAGGCUGUGGUCAGCCAAGGCGCCCAACGAUUUCAAUCUUGAAGAGUUUAAUGUCGGAGAUUAUAUCGAGGCUGUGCUGGAUAGAAACCUGGCAGAAAACAUAUCCAGAGUGUUGUACCCAAACGAUAACUUCUUUGAAGGGAAAGAGCUGCGUUUGAAGCAAGAGUACUUUGUGGUCGCCGCCACUCUCCAGGAUAUCAUACGCCGAUUCAAGUCCUCCAAAUUCGGGUGCCGCGACCCCGUGAGAACCUGCUUCGAGACCUUCCCUGACAAGGUUGCCAUCCAGCUGAAUGACACCCACCCAGCCCUCUCUAUUCCUGAGCUCAUGAGGAUCUUUGUUGAUGUGGAAAAAAUGGACUGGGAUAAGGCCUGGGAAGUCACAAAGCGAACUUGUGCGUACACCAACCACACCGUAUUGCCUGAAGCCCUGGAGCGCUGGCCUGUCUCUAUGUUCGAGAAACUCCUGCCAAGACACUUGGAGAUCAUUUAUGCUAUCAAUCAGAAACAUCUCGACCAUGUGGCGGCCGUCUUCCCAGGGGACAUUGACCGCCUCCGAAGGAUGUCCGUGAUAGAGGAAGGAGACUGCAAGAGGAUCAAUAUGGCCAACCUGUGUAUCAUUGGCUCGCAUGCAGUCAACGGAGUGGCCAGGAUUCACUCGGAGAUUGUGAAGAGCUCUAUAUUCAAAGAUUUCUACGAAAUGGAUCCAGAGAAGUUUCAGAACAAGACAAAUGGCAUCACUCCGAGGCGGUGGCUCCUGCUUUGUAACCCGGGACUCUCUGAUGUCAUUGUGGAGAGAAUUGGGGAAGAUUUUCUAACGGAUCUAAGCCAGCUCAAGAAGCUGCUAAGCUUUGUCAAUGACGAGGCCUUCAUCAGGGAUGUCGCCAAAGUUAAACAGGAGAACAAGCAGAAGUUCUCAGCCUACUUGGAAAAGCAGUACAAGGUGAAAAUCAACCCUGCCUCUAUUUUUGAUGUGCACGUCAAAAGAAUUCAUGAAUACAAGAGGCAGCUCCUCAAUUGCCUGCAUAUCAUUACACUCUACAACCGCAUCAGAAAAGACCCAAAAAAGUCCUGCGUGCCAAGAACAGUUAUGAUUGGAGGAAAGGCUGCCCCUGGCUACCACAUGGCAAAGAUGAUUAUCAGGCUGAUCACGGCCAUUGGAGACGUCGUCAAUAAUGACCCUUACAUAGGCGACAGGCUGAAAGUCAUCUUCUUGGAGAACUACAGAGUGUCCCUUGCUGAGAAAGUGAUCCCUGCUUCAGAUCUGUCUGAACAGAUCUCCACCGCUGGGACUGAGGCUUCAGGGACAGGGAACAUGAAAUUCAUGCUGAACGGAGCCCUCACCAUCGGGACCAUGGAUGGCGCCAAUGUAGAAAUGGCUGAGGAGGCCGGAGAGGAGAACCUCUUCAUUUUUGGCAUGCGGGUGGAAGACGUAGAGGCGAUGGAUAAGAAAGGGUACAACGCUAAGGAAUACUAUGAGAGGAUUCCAGAGCUCAAACAAGCUAUUGACCAAAUUGGCAGCGGCUUCUUCUCACCAGAUAAUCCCGGGUGCUUCCGAGAUGUCGUCGACAUGCUGAUGUAUCAUGACAGGUUUAAGGUGUUUGCCGAUUAUGAAGCCUACAUCAAAGCUCAAGGGCAAGUGGACAAGCUGUACAUGAAUCCCAGAGAGUGGACCAAAAAGGUAAUCAAGAACAUUGCGUGCUCUGGCAAGUUUUCCAGUGACAGGACAAUUACCGAGUACGCCAGAGAAAUCUGGGGGGUGGAGCCCUCUGCCGUGAAGAUUCCUCCACCCAACAUCCCGAGGGAGUAAGUCCGCUGCAAGAGGUGCAUGCAAACGCCCUGCUACUCUGGCACUUCCUGCUUCCCAAUGAAUAUUCCACAGAUGAAUUCAAAACGUGCAUUUUACCACCCGCUGGGCGUCUCAUAUAUUUAUAAAAGGCAUGGUGGUUACUUGAAAACAGAGGCAAACUGGUGCCCUGCAGGAUUACAGCCAAUAAGCGUUGACCUUGUUGGCAGUGAUAAGAUUCUGAGCCUAAAGCAGGGAGCUUGAGUGAGGAAGGUGAGAUGAGGCCAUUCUCUCUUUUAAAACCCCUAUUUAACCAAUGCAACCUGCAUGCAUGUUCUGUAUUGUUGAGACGGUACCUGACUUCCCAGGCCCUUUUGUUCCCAUGCCAGGCCGCCCUAUUUAGUCAGGAGAUGCUUAUGUCUGUUUGGAAAAAAAACCCCUGCAAAGACAAGAGUUGGGUGCCGUCAGAUGACUUACUUUGAACAAACAUGUGCUGCCCUCUGUCGGGAGGUUAGGCUGGAACUCUUCAAUGACCCCCAAAUAGAUGCACUUUUCAAAUAUCAUGUUCUGAAGAAAUUCCCAUCCUUUCUGUUAUUAGAUGCCUAAACGGUUGUUAUUAACCUGCUCCAGUUUUAAACUGUCAAUUUGCAUGUG